AUGACAAUGCUAAUACAUCUUGCCCUCGCUGAGAGCGAAUCGUGCCUUGGUAACUACUUGGAGUCAAAAAGAAAUGCUGAACUUGCUUUUGCAAUUGUCUUAAAUCACGAAAAUGCCAGAAAAGAUAUAGCUCGAGCGUGUUACAGAAUAUUUUGGAAGUGUUUUAUGAGUGUUGAGCGAUAUGACCAAAAGAUUGAAUGUCUCAUGAAAAUGCUUGCAAUUAAGAAGGAAACUGGUGACACAGUGAAAGAAGCAGAGGUCUAUUUCCAGCUAGGAUUAUGUUAUUCCUUCGUAGGUCAAAAAGAACAGGCAGUAGAGUUUGUUGAGAAAUCAAUAAAGAUACGUCAGAUCAAUGGAAACCAGGAGAGACUAGUUGAUUGUUUAAACCUACUGGCAAAUAAUGUGCUUUCGCCAGGCCAGCAAAACGAGGCAUUCGAGAGACUGCAAGAAGCCCUUCGAGUUAGCGAUGGGAUUGAAGGGGGAAUGAUUAAAUCUAUAGUGCUCAUGGCAUUGGGACAUGCUUAUAAAGAUAUUGGUCAAUACGAUAAAGCAAAGGAAUAUUACCAGAAAGUGAUUCGAGUCAGUGAGAAGUUUCAUGUCCCAGACUUAGGAACAUGGGCCUACUAUCACAACGCUGAACUUCUCAUUGAACUUCAACAAUAUGAGGAAUCCAUAAAGAGCAUAGAGAAAGCCCUUGAACUAUGUGAAAAAGGAAAUUUAGCAGAGCAGACCACACUCUCUAAAGGCGACAUUUACAUCACAUUCUGUAAGAUACACCUACUGCUUGGCCAACACGAUAAAGCUGAUGAAUAUGUGAAGCAAAUAUUAACGGAAGAUUGGCCCAAAAAUAACUUGGAUCGGUCUUUAAGCCUCUUUCAGUUAGGUUCCUUUUUCAGUGUAAAUGGGAAAUUGGAACAGGCAUGUGACAUUAUUUCUGAAAGUAUCAAAUGCUAUGAAAGUGGGCGUGGCCUUUUCAAUGAUGAGUUCAAACUUUCUGCCGGGGACAUGGAACAACACUUUGAAUUGUACAGGUAUCAUUGCCUCUUGCUUAUGGCUCUGGGUAAGCCCAUCCAAGCUUUAUGUACAGCAGAGAGAGGCCGUGCCCGCCUACUGGCGGAACUGUUAGCAGAGAAAUAUGCCAUUCGAGAAGAGGCAGAGCUAAGUGAAAAUGACCUCAAUAUACUUCUAAAGCGUCUGAAUAAUAAUCAAAUUUUAGUAUUUAUCGCCACUCCAAGAGGUAAAAGAAUCACGUUCUGGAUAAUGAAGAAUGAUGCCACAUUGGAGAUGAGGAAUCCAAAAGGGGCCAAUCAAGAUUCUCCCCUGAAGACUUAUAUCGAGUCAUUUUCUUACGGCCGUAGCAUUAACUGUGAGGACCGUUCAUUGUCAGCUUUGUAUGACAUUCAGUAUACUGCUGAUGAUACCCAGCACGACGGAGUCAGGGGGAAACGUCUCCUUGAGGAGACAGACGACGAGGACCUUGAGGCUGAAAACUUACCAAAUCAACUGUACAAGUCACUCAUCUCUCCAUUUGCUGAUCGAAUUCAGGGCCGAGAGCUUGUACUUGUUCCCGACGGAUCUAUGGUCAUGGUUCCAUUUACCGCACUUCAGGACGAUUCUGGAAAGUACCUAUCUGAGUCGUGCAGUAUUCGCAUCAUUCCUUCGUUGUCAACACUUAAGUUGAUUCUUGACUCCCCAGAGAAUUAUCACAGCCAGAAUGGAGCGCUGAUCGUUGGCGACCCACAAGUAAGUCAUGUCACACCACUUCCGCAAUUGAAAGCAGCUAGGCAGGAAGCUAAAGAAAUUGCUGAUCUUCUGGAGGUGGAGCCUUUGUUGGGUGAGCAAGCAACGAAGGAAGAAGUACUGCGACGAAUAACGGAUGUGUGUCUAGUACACAUCGCCGCCCAUGGUGACGCAGAAAGAGGGGAGAUUGCUUGUGCACCCAACCCAUCCUCCCCUCAAAACCCAACGAAGGAGGACUACAUGCUGACUAUGGGAGACAUCGCCAAGGUUCAGAUCCGGGCCAAGCUUGUUGUACUCAGCUGUUGUCACAGUGCUAAAGGAAAGAUCAUGAAAGCCGAGGGAGUUGUGGGGAUCGCUCGAGCCUUCAUUACUUCAGGAGCUCGUUCAGUGCUGGUUUCUCUGUGGGCCGUGGAUGACAAAGCCACAAAGGAGUUCAUGAUUCGUUUCUACGGACAUGUGAAGUGUGAUAAAAUGAGUGCCAGCGAAGCUCUUCACCGGACCAUGAAGUGGAUGAGAGAAUCUGAGACGACAAGGUACACGGUGAGGGAAUGGGCUCCAUUCGUUCUGAUUGGAGAUGACGUCAAACUGGACUUAUAAAAACCAUGUUUCAAAUGAGGUGCAGCAAGACAAGAACACAGAAGGGAGAAGUGUAUCAAUUUUCUAAAAUUAGAUAGGACUUCACCUUUCUUAUGCAGUUUUUUUUGUCAUUUCUCAGAAACUUUUUUCUUCAAGGUUCUAUAGGAUUGUCAAUGAAAGAACUGUUUUGGAUAUUAUACGAUUAUCAUGUAGUAAAGCGAGUUCAAUUAUUUGUUAAGCUCAAACUUCUGAUAAAGCUUUUAAAGUAGUUUUUCGGAACCACGGCAAGGAAUUCUUUUUUUUCCAUAUAAACAAUAGUUUGAUGAAAUUUCCAAAUUUUGGCUGCAAAAUUAAAGAGCCAUGGCUUUUUAAGGAAAUUCACACAGUCGCCGUAUAUUAAUAUUGCGAUAAACUUAACGUUAUUGAUAACCUCAAUAGACACAUUGUCCUUUACUUUUAUUAAAAGUAAACCAAGAAAAAUUUAAACCGCUUCGAAAUCGUAUUGACUGUCCUUUCUUACCACGAACUUUAAGUGUUUCCAAUGCGGUUAAACUUAUCGAUCUGUAGAAAUCGCGGUAGAGCUUCAGUUGGUUAGCGCGCUCUGAUUGAUCUAAGACUGUGCCUACUUUUUUUCGCAAAGAGCACUUCUUUGCUCGUUUAUCCUCAUUGCUAAGCCAAGAAAAUAACUGCCAUAAUCCGUACUAUUUAUUCUUUUUUCCACAUGAGACUUUACGGGAGAGUAAGACAAGGGGUCUUUACAAACGUUUGGUUAUCUAAUGGAAAUGGCAUUGGCAUUCGAUUUUUUCAAAUAUCAUAACUUGUCUAUGUUCCGCUAUAGUUUCAAUAUCAACAGACUCGUCGCCUUUUUUGACAUGAUGACAGACAGCAGGGACUAUCAUUUACGGAGAAUGAGCACAUCAUGCGGAAAAACAAAGACGUAAAUAACCACAUGUCCCCUCGAGCCUUUCCUGACAAACAAAAUUUCUUUAUCGGAUGGAAUAAAUGAUCAUUACAAUUGAUUGCUUUAGUCUGAUAAAAAGCGCAGCAAAAUUUCUAUAAACAUCGUAUAUCCACUCACUCUAUCAACGAUAUCCACCGUGACGUAUUCCACUGCUCUCAUUCUUAAUUCACGUGUCUUUGUGUUGUGGAGAGACAAUUCAGAGAUCUAUAUUGCAGAACUGUCACCAAAGAAAAAAGAUUUAGCCUACUCUAUCUUCUAAGCUAUUCUCUUCAUUCUGCAUUUACUAUUCUUAUGGAAUUUUCCAUGUUCUAUUUUUCCACCAGAAAAUUUAUUUCCUAGUUACUGCUUUCGAAAAAGAAAUGAUUUCCCUUAGUCCUAUUCGCUUUCCAAAGCCUGUUUUUCGAUCCCUUUUCCUUGAUCUCACAUUUCCUAACUCAAAUAAUGACUCAUUCGUACUUCACUUUUCGUUAAAAAUUUGUGAAACAUAAUGUCUUUGCCCAGCGGAGUAACACAAUAAGCAGUUAAGUAGCAUGUAUCUUUAUUAAGGAUUGCAAAGGUCGACAACGCCUGUAAGACGAAUGUUCUGUUUUUUACUCCGUUUUAGCGCAGGAUGAUAGAGCAAUUAACGAAAAUGACACAAAUAGCAAAGGAAGGUUCUAAAGUUGCUUCAAUUCAGAGGUUUGUGCAUAACUAUUUUUGAUUGAAAGUUCAUGCUUUCAAGGUGAAAAUCAAGAUGACUCCGUGCAUGCACUAGUCAAAGCAAGCUGAGGCGGAACUGUUACGUUGUUUAUGAUCUGGGCUUUAGCCAAGAUUUCCUUGUAAUCCGUAAUUCAGUCCAUACGUACAUUUAUACUUGAAAGAAAAAUUAGAGAAAAAAGAUAACCUACGACACUUUGUUCUCAGAUGGAAACUCUUUUAAAACCAGCAAAAACCCAAAAAGGUAAAUGGAGAUUUAUGGCGAAUUGACAGCUGCUGGCGAUUUCUAUAUUUCUUUCAUUUUCAAAGCAUUUAGCUCAAUUUCAAUUCUGAAAAGUUAAUUGUUUAUGACUGUGCGUAUUUUCAAUGUCAAUAUAAAAUCAAGGGGAGCUGCAAUGAAAUGCCUGCUUAUUUUCGGAAAACAUAUGAGAGCGUUAACCAUUUACAGCCUAAUAUCAAUAUACAUAUUCUCCAAACUGUUCUCCAUAAAUUUCCUAAGGUGCUCUCAAGGUGAAUUAGUUUUAUAAUCAAGAGCUUAUUUAGUUAGUGUUCGUUUUCUUUAUGCUCUUAAUUACUUAGGGGUGGAAGGAGUGUUUCGCAAACAUGAAAGCCUUCAAUAGUAAUAUUUGUGCUCUUGGUGAGGCGAUAUAAGUGCCACUCUCGUUAAGAGCGGUCCUCUCGACUUCCCGUCGGAAAAAAGUUUCCUUUUAUUUUUUGCCCAUGAAAAGGGUUUUUUUGAUAUGCAAAUUAAGGUCGAAGAGAAGGGUCUCCUCUGAUCACGCUGGUAUGAAAAUUAUUUCAGCUGAAGUUUCCAUAUUUUGUCUGUGAACUAACUGAAUACACCUUGUAACUUGUAACAAGAUAGAAUUCCGUGAGCUACAUUGUUGCAGUCGCUGCGCGCUGGACAAAAUCGUUGAAAUUUACAUUUUCGAUCGCUGUCAACAUGGGUGGUCUGGCCAAAAAUCAUUUUUGGCUUGUGGCGACGCAAAAAAAGAGAAUUGGAGAACAACUAAACUACUUUUGAAACAUGUGUCCUAAACCCUUUUCAUGGGCAAAAAAUAAAAGAAAACUUUUUUCCGACGGGAAGUCGAGAGGACCGCUCUUAGCGGGAGCGGCACUUAAGCGUUGUCAAAAUGCAACUUAUGGUGAUAUGUAUGUUGAUAGAGAUGCAUGGCAGGCAGGAGUGCAAUUGUGCCUCAACCUACCUGCAAGGCAGGUGUGUGGAGGCAAUAAUUGAAUUAUAAGAAUUAAAUUGUUCACAUUUUUUUAAUCGUUGUGGAGAUGGCUAAAGAAAGUCAAACUUGCAUUUAGUGGCACCAUAUUUAGCAGUUACCUUGUAUUAAGCAGUCACUUGUCAAAGUCCCGAGUUUGUUUCCGCUUAAUAAUUGUAAUUUUCAUCUCUAUUAAACGGCCACUCCUAUUAAGCAGUCGUAGUUACCUUUAAUAAGUCCCAACGGACCACUCAAACAAAACUAAGAAAAGUCUUAAAUAAUUUUUCAUCCAUUUUCUCUCCCAAAAUCAGAAGUGAGUAUUAUUUUCGAGCGAGAUUCUAUACAUUAUGUGGUCAAUUAAAGCAUACAGUGGCGUUAUUUAUGCUUUUUAUAAUACCCCUAAUCUGUGGAAACUAUAUUUAGAAGUCAACCUGUAUUAAGCGGUCACAUCGAUGACCGCGUAAUACAGGUUCGACUGUAUGGAGUUUCUUACGAAGACUUUACUUAACUCUCACAGAGAACGGCGUUAAAUAUGAACGGAGUGGAUGCGUCGGGAGCUGUGAAGAUUACAACGUUAGUGGCACGCUUCCUAGAAAACACCAAGCGUCAACGAGCAGCUCUACAAUUGUACAAAGAGUUGGUGACACUAUUGGAAUUCAUCAAACAGGAGUUUAAUUUAUCAAAAGCCACACUGAAUGAUAAAACACGAAAGAUACUCGAUGAGUGGACUAUAUCAGCAUUUGUUUCCCUCGCUCAAGUCAACUUACAUUUGGGUGAGUAUAAUGAGUCAAAGACAUAUGCUGAACUUGCCCUUGCUAAAAGUAGAGAAACUGGAAGCAAAGAGACAGAAAAGUUAUGUCAUCGAAUGAUAUGUUUAUGUCUGGCUUUUGGUUGUAGCCAACAUGACCGAGACACUGUAUGUUUAAAGGAAAUGCUCUCAGUUAUCAAGGAGUCCGGCGAUACAGAGUCAGAAGCAAUUGCCUGUUAUUUACUUGCUAUGAGACAUUUUGAAGUUGGUCAAAUGGAAGAGGCAGCAGAGUUUCUAGAGAAAUCAAUUCAAACGAGUCAGAAAGGUAGUUACAGGUGGUUAGAGAUGAAAAGCCUAAUCGCACUAGGACAUACGAUGCUUUUGCCAGGCCAGAAAAACAAAGCGUUUCAAAAACUUGAGGAAGCUCUUCAAAUAAGCGAAGAAAUUGAAGACAAGAGGUGGAAAGCCAGUGCUCUUUUCAAUUUAGGGAACGCUCAUUAUGCUGAUGGUAGGUACGAAGAGGCAAGGAAGUUUUACGAGAACUCACUGCAACUCGAUGCAAAAUUGCCUCAAAUAGGAAUAUGGCUUUAUAUUGGGCUCGGUACUGUUCUUGUUGAACUUAAACAAUUUGACGAAGCCAUGAAGCUUUUACACAAAGCCCUUGAAAUCUGGGAAGAGGACAAACCAGUAUACCAGACCUUACUCUGCAGGAACGAAAUCUUCGCCGUACUCUGUCACCUACAUCUACUUCUUGGUCAACCGGAAAAAGCUACUGAGUAUGUAAACAAAAUAUUAACAGGAAGUUGGCACAAAAGCAAGCAUGUAUCUCUUAGUUACCUAGGUACCUACAUUACCAGACACGGACACUUUGAAGAGGCAUGCGACAUUCUGGCUGAAAGCAUCAAAAGUUAUGAAAACUAUUUUGAGUCUUUAAAUGACAAAUCCAAACUUUCUGUAGGGGACAUAGAAGUCAACAUCGUGAUUUACCAGCAUCGCUGCUCUCUGCUACUUGCUCUUGGUAAGUUUGCCGAGGCUCUAUGUACAGCAGAGCAGGGUCGUGUCCGUGUAUUGACAGAACUGUUGGCAAAUAAAUACAGGAUCCACGAAAAGGCCAAGUUUAGUGAAACGGAACUCAAUAGCCUUAUGGUUGGUCUGGCGAAGAGACAAGUUAUAGUUUAUUUUGGCUCUGGUCUCAAAGACAGCAUCUUCUGGAUAAUGAAAAAUGAACUUGGUUCGAAAUUGGAGGCGACUUCCCAAGAAAAAGCCAGAGUUGAUACACUCCUUGAAGCCAACUCCAGGUCACUUUCUUGCAGUCGAAACGUCAACUGCGAGGACCGUACAUUGUCAGCCUUGUAUGACAUUCGGUCUGCUGAUGAUGAUACCCAGCACGACAGUAUCAGUGAGAAACGUCUCCUUGAAGAGACAGACGACGAGGUACGUGAGGUUGGAAACUUACCCAAUCAACUUUUCAAGUCACUCAUCGCUCCAUUUGCUGAUCGUAUUCAGGGCCGAGAGCUUGUACUUGUUCCCGAGGGAUCUAUGGUCAUGGUUCCUUUUGCCGCACUACAGGACGAUUCUGGAAAGUACCUGUCUGACUCGUGCAGUAUUCGCAUCAUUCCUUCGUUGUCAACACUUAAGUUGAUUCUUGACUCCCCAGAGAAUUAUCACAGCCGGAAUGGAGCGCUGAUCGUUGGCGAUCCACAAGUGAGUCAUGUCACAGCACUUCCGCAAUUGAAAGCAGCGAGGCAGGAGGCUAAAGAAAUUGCUGAUCUUCUGGAGGUGGAGCCUUUGUUGGGUAUGCAAGCCACGAAAGAAGAAGUGCUGUGA